AUGGCCGACGAGGGAGGUCCAAAUCAUAAUGGAGGAGGUCCUGGUGCGCAAGCCGAACACCAUAAUUCCGAUAUCCCACAACCAAAAAAGUUCAACACCGACUCAAGGAACUCGACGUUAACAAAAUCCGCGUUCGAGGUAGCCGCGGCAAGCUAUGGAGGAACAAGUACCCCGAUGGGCACAGCCAGAGGCAGCAUCGAUAUCACAGACUACUUUGUUGGUCCUCGAGAUCUAGAUCGCCAUUCAAAACUUCCAUAUUUCAUGCGGAUGCACGGGAGCGUUCUGCCACGAAUGAUCCUACCCUUGGCGUUCGCAGGAGGAUGGGCAACGCUCAUUACAUGUAUCUCUAAAUUCGUCACAAACUUGGGUAUUUCAAACGCCCUUCUCACAGUUCUUGGUUUCGUCAUUGGUUUAGCCCUUUCUUUCCGUACUAGCACAGCAUAUGAGCGAUACUCUGAUGGACGUAAAGCCUGGACGGUUCUCUCGGUUCAAUGUCGAAAUCUUGCACGAUAUAUCUGGAUCCAUACCUCUGAGCGUGAAGGUGAAGAAGGAAAGGAGGAUCUUCUCGCCAAGAUCACCGCCAUGAACAUGAUUCUUGCUUUCACCGUUUCUCUCAAACAUAAGCUCAGAUUCGAGCCAUUCACUCAUUACCCGGAUAUUGCUAGUUUGGUCGGACAUCUAGACACUUUCGCUAAGCUUGCUAAUAGCGAAGACAAUGAGAUUACUCCCAAAAAGACGAUCUGGAAAAAGGUCGGAGAAUAUUUGGGUGUUGAUUUCGCAGUCAGCAAUCCUCGAAAGGCCAUCAAGAAAGCAAAGAACGCAAACGUUCCAUUGGGCAAUCUACCAUUAGAGAUCUUAUCCUACCUCAGCGCGUACCUCGACGAGGUUGUCAAGAACGGAACAAUGAGCUCCCCAGUCGUCGUAGGACAAAUGCUCGUCUGCCUCUCAACCCUCACCGACGCCCAAGCAAACGCCGAACGAGUCCUCACCACCCCCCUCCCAAUCGGCUACAACAUCCUCAUCUCCCAAAUCGUGCUCCUCUACAUCUACCUCCUCCCCUUCCAACUCUACCUCGCCCUCGACUGGAUCACCAUCCCCGGCACCGUCGCCGCCGCCUACAUCAUCAUGGGCCUCGCCGCCAUCGGCAACGAGCUCGAAAACCCCUUCGGCAAUGACGUCAACGAUCUCCCGCUCGAUACCUACUGCCAGGAACUCCAGACCGAGCUCGAUAUCCUGAUGAGCGUCAAGGCGCCUAAAUUCGGCGACUUCCUCAGGAAGAGCACAGAUAAUCAACUCCUCUGGCCCCUCAGCUCGAGCGGAUAUGGAGAGUGGAAGGAUAGGAGUGAAGCUGAUAUUCGAAGUGCGUUGGCGGCGAAGGUUAAGGUUGGGAAGGGCUUGCCAAUGUGUGAAGCUGAUAUGCCGAGGCCGAGUAUGAGGGAGAAGAUAAGGUCGGCGGGUUCGCCUGCGUAA